UCUAUUUAAGCUGUGGAGAAUCCUCAUAUUUUUUAAUUCAGUUUCUCAAACCACCUUUCUUUCUUUGAAUUCAUAGAUGGUUUGAGGCUGCGAUUAAGUGAAUGGGAGAAUGGGGGAAGUGAAUGAAAUAGAUAUGCUUCAGUACUUCAUCUAUUAUUCUUUAUGGCUGCUGCUGCCUUUCUAUUUCAUAUCAGUCCAUCGUCGGAAAUACGAUGUCUUUAUUAGUUACAGAAGUAAAGAUGUUCGCCAUAAUUUUCUGACUCAUCUCCGUUGUGCUUUAAAAAAGGGUGGAUUUAGGGUCUUCGUAGAUGAAAACGAUAUUCAAAGGGGAUGCGACAUUGCCACUGAGCUACCGAAAGCAAUCCAACAGUCUAGGAUUGCCCUUGUUCUGUUGUCAGAAAACUAUGCUGGCUCCGGAUGGUGCCUAGAUGAGCUUGUGAAUAUCCUUGAUUGCAGGGAAAGGUUAGGGCAGAUUGUUCUGCCCAUUUUCUUCCAUGUGCGUCCCUCAAAUGUCCGCCAUCAGAACGGACGAUUUGGGGAUGCGUUUGCACGUCUCCAUGAGGCUUCGGUGGAGGAAAUGGAGAAGCGGAAGAAUGCACUUUAUCAUAUAACCAAUCUGGCCGGGUUUAAUCUGGGAGAUGUUAAUGGAAUCAUGCUCAGAAUGGGGGAUAUGGUGUUUCGAUAUUCUGUCCGCUUCGGCUAUCAUUCUGCAUAUGCCUUGCAGCAGUGGCGGAAGUACCAGGGAGAAGAGUUAAGCACAGAUCUUGCUGUUGCCCGUAAAAACAAAAUGAGAAAAAGAGAGGUCAAGGAGAGAAAGCCCUACUUAGGUAAGAGGAGUGCUAGGAGGACUCGCUUCAGCAUUCUCCCUUCAUCAAUGUCCUCGUAAUCAUUUCCUUCCUCCUUCCUCCUUCCUCCUUCCUUGCGAUUUUUUUUCUGCAAUUUUUUUUCUCCAAUUUCAUUUUUACCUUUUUUGUUUAAACUCGUUUUCUUAAACUAGAACUCCUCUUCUCCUCUUUUCUUCUACUAAAACCAGGCAUUCUCU